GUCAGUCCAAUUAGACCCCUCCGCUCGCGUAAUUUAUGAACACUGAUUGUAGCCGGGAAAAGAUUCAGUGCACAAAUACCUUCAGAAUAUAUAAACAUCCGAUAACUGACAAAGUGAUCAUCACGUACCUACUUAUAGAGUUACGCUGUUUUAUUUAGUAACAUAAACAACAAUAGGAUUUGAAUUGUAAUUCGAAUCCAAAUUCUGUAAAUAUAACAUCCACACACGAUAUUAGCUCUUGCAAUUGGUGAGCAUUUUCAGAACGACAAUGAUUAUUCUGGGGUUACUGAUAAUCCUUACGUGUGCGUACUGUGCGUACUGGGUUGCGCGGGUGCAGCGCAUAGAUCGCAUGACUGCCGCUCUACCGGGAUCGCCGACGCUGCCUUUAUUAGGAAAUGGAAUGAUGUUUUUUGGCACCACUGAAAAAAUAUUACAAAAGCUUAAUGAAGUAGGGGAUAUUGCUUUAAAAGCAAAAGGGGCAAUCAAAAUUUGGCUUGGUCCGAAACUUUACGUUGCCAUUGCGAAUCCAGAAGACGCACAGAUAGUGCUGGAGAAUUGUCUAGAUAAAGAUGUUGUGUAUAGAUUUUUGCAACCUUGGCUAGGACACGGUCUUUUUAUUGCACCUCUGAACUUAUGGAAAACUCAUCGUAAAGUUCUCCUCCCAGUGUUUCACAAUAAAAUAGUGGAGGAGUAUCUAGGAGUUAUUGCAGAACAGGCGCAUGUGCUCGUCAAGCGGCUCAAGGAAAGAGCCGAUGGACGAGAGUUUGAUGUACUCAAAUAUAUCACUGCUUGCACCUUAGACAUCGUGUUUGAAACUGCAAUGGGCGAGCGCAUGAACGUCCAACACUCUCCUGACACGCCAUAUCUGCGCGCGCGACACACAGUUAUGGAGAUUCUUAACAUGCGUCUCUUCAAGGUGUGGCUACAGCCUGAUUGCCUCUUUAACCUGACAGCCUAUGCAAAGCAGCAGAAGGACAAUAUAGAGCUAACGCAUAAAUUCACUGAUGAGGUGGUGAGAAAAAGACGCGUUGAAUAUGAAUUGAAGAAAAAAAGGAAUUCCGUCACUUAUUCACAAAAAACCAACGAUGGUAAAUUGCGGGCAAUCCUUGACCUCCUAUUCGGGCGAGAGAUCGAUUUCACAGACGAACAACUGCGUGAGCACAUUGACUCUAUCACGAUAGCUGGAAAUGAUACAACUGCUCUUGUCAUCUCUUAUACGCUGGUACUUCUUGGAAUACAUCAGGAUGUACAGGACAGGGUGCUACAAGAGCAGAUCUCUAUAUUCGAAGAAUCAACAAAAGGUGCCGAAAAAGAAGAUCUCCAAAAAAUGAACUAUUUGGAGAGAGUUAUCAAGGAGAGCAUGCGACUCUACACUGUAGUGCCUAUCAUAGCACGGAAAAUAGACAAGGACAUUUAUUUACCUGCAUGCGGUACCACCCUACCGGCGGGUGUGGGGGCAGUCAUAGGCGCUUUUGUUACACACCGCUGGACGAAGAUUUGGGGUGAAAAUGCCAACGACUUUGAUCCCGACCGGUUCCUACCAGAGCGCUCUAUCAAUCGCCAUCCGGCCGCAUUCUUACCCUUCAGCUAUGGAUCCAGAAACUGCAUAGGGCGAAACUUCGGCAUGCUAAUCAUGAAGAGCGUAAUAUCCAGUGUGGUGAGAUCCUACAAACUUAAAGCUGAAGACGUCGGCCCACUCAAAAUAGAAAUGCUCCUAUUCCCUAUCAAAGGUCAUCUGCUCAAAAUAUCAAAAAGAUGAUUACAAUUUUUUGUGCAGUGACAUACUUUUAUUACUUCAACAUAACUAAAACUACAAAUAUUAUUAUUAUAAUAC